GGUCCCACAUGUCAGAAAGAUCACUCGUCAGGGCCACGCGCCAGUUCGAAGCCCAAAACCCCUCCUCUCUCCCUCCUCAUCGAUCCAACGUUCCCCACCCGAUCGCAACCGCCGCCUAGGGUUUCGAUCCGAGCCCUCCUCAUGGCCAGGGGCAAGCGGUCGGCACCCGCGCCAGCGGCCCCGGUGGCGAAGGCCAAGAAGCCGCCGCCAGCUCCAGUGGCUCCGGCGAAUACGGCCGCGGCGGCGAAUGUGAUCGAAAUCCCGUCGUCCCCUGACCCCUCUGUCGGCGGCAGCGCGAAGAAGGCGCGGAAGAGGUCCGCGCCGCUCGACCUCGACGACGAGAUCGAGAUGUGGACCCCGCGGGAGAAGCGGCGCCUCGACGAGGACUGCCAAAUCCUCGCCACCGACCCGAUCGCCGCCGCGGAGGUGGCCCCAGCCACCCCCGCCGCCGCAAGUGACGACGUCGCGGUCGUCGCCGAGCGGGGCAAGGUGGCGUGCAGAGAUUACCCCCAUCCGAGGUCCGCUUGCGCCAAGCACCCGUUUAACAUCACGCCUCAUGAGCGCCACUGUGGAAAGUGUUUCUGCUAUGUGUGCGACAUCGCUGCCCCGUGUGUGUCUUGGAAGGGUACUGGAGGGCACUGCCACGCUUCUGACAAGGACCAAAGGUGGAAGAUUAAGAGAUUGUCAAGGCAGAAGCAACAAAAGUAGGGCCUAGUUGAGGCCACUCAUGACUCUAGGUCUGGCAAUCGGUCAUUUUGCAAUCGCUCGUCGCAUUGUUCUGAUGGGCCUAGUUAUCUUGCAGUAACUUGUACAUGGUUAGUAGUAUUGGCGAUAGAUCUUGUUCCAAUGCUUGGUGCAUAUGUGCGCCACUUUUCGCAAACUGAAAGUUUAUAUAUCGAUCUUCCUAUCGAAUAGUAUCGAUCCUAUUCCAUCUAAUUUCAGCAUAUUUGCAAUAGAUAGUUGGUUUACUCUAACCCCUUGGGAUCUUCUAAUUCGUUCAGAUUUUGCAAUGCCCAUAAUCGUUUUAAAUGACUUGAAUUUAUGAGUAUCCGUAUGCCCCUUCGUUUCUCACGUGAGGCUCCUCGUUGCCUGGUAUGCCCCUUCCAAUUCUGCAACCUGUUUUAUUGGAGAAAUAAAUCAGUUUUGCUGCCCUCUGCUUAUAUAAACGGGCAUGCUGUGUGGUAAUCUUCACUUCAAAGUGGAGAAAGGGUAAGGUUUCUCAGGGAAAAUGGUGAAGAUAGUGGAGGUUGACGAACAGCCUGAUGCUGAACGUGAUGGCGAGUGCUACGAGAUAGACAUCGAACAGUUCUCUAAGAAGGUGAAUCUCAAGGAAACCGAUGAUGUGAUUGUCGUUGCAGCAAAAGGCAAGAUGGUUAAAGUGGAAGUGGAACAGCCGGAGGACUUGGCAGAAACAUCGGAUGGCUAUGACAGUGAAGCUGACUGCUUGUGCAUUCUCAGCUCUGGUGUUACUCAUGAGAACCGGCAUGAAUUUGCCACUGGUGACAGCAUGGAUAAUCCUUAUAAGAUCGAAGAAGAUGAGCCGACUCUCCUUCAGACGGGGAUUGACGAGGACAGGUUUGCGCUCGUCAAGUCGUCUGCCAAGUUUGGAGCUGAUGAUCGCAAGAGCGGCAAAUUUAUCCAAGGAGACAAAGAUGAGCGCCGCAGUGACACCACUCAAGUUACUCCUGACAAGAUUGUGGUGAAGAGCCAACCUGAUGACCACGAAGGCAUCGAAGGUGUUGACGAUGAUGCGAAUGACCACUGCCUUGUGAUGAAUUUGGGGAUUAGAGCUUAUGAUCACAACGGUGGCCGAUUCUUCCACGGAGACAAAGAUGAGCGUCGGUGCGACACUGUCGUCGUUAUUUCUGACAAGGUGGUGGUGAAGCUGAGCGAACCUGUUGACGGCAAUAGUGUUGAAGGAUGUGAAGAAGGUACGUACGACCACUGCCUUGAGAUGGCCCGUGAGCGAAGGGUGUUUGAUGAGGAAGAUGACGAGGACGUCGUUGUAGUCGAGAGAGAGGCCCUGUGAGCGGGAUGAACUCUUGCAUGAAUUCUACUAAAUCAACUAUGUAUUCAGUAGUAUUAAGCAUGACUGCUAUAUGAAAAACGAUGUGUGAAACUAACCUAUGUUCGAGAGCGUACCAACGCAAGAGAUAAUAUAGUUUCUUGUGGCUUGAA